CGAGCCACUUUCCCAUCUCUCAAACUUCAUCUUCUAUCUCGAAUCUGAUUCCAACCCUGAAGGCCUCUCUCCACUAUUCAUUUCACUGCCUGGCAGUCCAGUCAUGCGUCCACCUUGAGGACAGGUGGUCAUUGUAGGCCAUUUUGUCUCUCAACCCAAUAAAUCCAGUCACCCAAGCAUCACACAUCCCAAGUUUCCCACCUCUGGGACCACACGUUCACAAAUCAGUCUUUGUCAUCUUGACACCGUGGACAGCUACGACAUGAUGGACGCCGCUUCUCCCUCUAGCACCUGUGACUCAAUGUCUGUCACCAACAACAACCUCCCAUAUCCAAGCCCUCCACCCCAAUCAGAAUCAGGAACCAGCCCUGCACCAUCAGAUCAUUCAUCCAAGAAGAAGCGGAAAGCAUGGGGACAGCCAGUACCUGAAAUAAAACAGAUCCUUCCUCCUCGCAAGCGAGCCAAGACCGCCGAGGAGAAGGAACAACGCAAAAACGAGAGAAUCCUGCGGAACCGAAGGGCUGCCGACAAGUCCAGACAACGCCAAAAGGCAGCUGUCGCCGACCUCGAAGUUCGCCAAAUCCGAAUCGAACAGGAGAAUGCCUCAUUGAGGGAGCUGCUUGCUCGCUACGAGUCACGCUUUGGCAAGCAGGCAGAUUUCCCCACCCCUGGACUUGAACACGAGGAGUUGGCCAACGGAGAAUCAACGCCAAUUCCUCAAAACAAGGCCUCUCCCGCUCCUUCAUUAUACGCCUCACCCUCUGACUCCGAACAAACCCAACCUACUCUUGUUCAAUCAGAUUCAACAUCGCCCCUCAAGCUCGAGUCACCAGCUCUGGCCCCUCAACUCAACCUCAUCCAUGAACAUUCGGAAGCAGCCUCUGCUGACCCGAUGGCACCCUUCUCCAGCUUCCCUAAUGUUUCCGGCCUGACACAAUAUCCUGCCGUGAUAUUGUGUGACCUGCAGUGUCAGCCGGAAACAUGGGCUAUCAAGCUACCAGCGGUGUCAUCCGAUCAGAUCUCCCAGCUUGGGCUCAGCUACCUUCUACAGGUGCUUCAGACCUUGACGAUCUUUCAAACCUUCUCGACGACAACGCUCUGGCCGCUAUGCAAGAUCUUCCAGAUUUUGGCGCAGAAAUUGUCCAUGACGUCAACGGAUCAGGAUUUUUCUUCCAUUGUGACCAAUUUCCCACUAAUUCAUUCUUUGAUUUCGAUGCCUUCGACACCGACCAGACCGGCAGUCUUCCGCAUGAAGCUUCUGAGCCGACUACUCACAUGCAGCCCACACAUGGCGCGCCUCUUACUGGCAGCGACAGACCGGGCUUUGCAGCAAGUAGUUAGCGAGGAUGGCUUCGCUGAGGACCCCGAUCGUCGGUGGACAUGGUCGAGUCUCAUGACAAUCAAGUGGGUCAUUAUCAGGUUGGAGAGAGAACAUCGCAAGAUCCGACAUCAAGUGUCGACCAAUAGUGAUGGUUUGGACGCGUUGAAAAUCAUGGCCGGGGUUGAUUACCCGGCUGUGGCCAGGAGCUCUACGCUGUGGAAGGGCGUUAACUCAGAAUGUAACAUUAGUACUACGGUUAGAGAGGAUAUUUUGGCGACGGCUCAAGUAGCACAUUAAGAUAGUUGACAAAUGAGGCUAUCCUCUAUACGAUGAAAUGCAAAAGCAGAUUUUAAAAUUAAUCAA